AUGGUCCGUUUCACUCGACCCACCAUGUUGAACAAAAGUUAUCAAGAUGUUCUAGACUUCUGGUUCGGCCCCAGGUCCUCCCCCGAUUACCUAAAAGAAAAGUCCUUCUGGUAUGGCGGCGCAGCCGACGAUGCCUAUGUGCGCGCUCAUCUUGGCGAAACCUACGAAGCGGCGAAAGAGGGUAAACUCGAUACAUGGAUUCAAACUGGCCAAGGGGAAGGAGCAUUGGCCUUGAUUCUUCUACUAGACCAAGUACCUCGGAAUAUCUUUCGCGGCACUCCGCUGGCAUAUGCUACUGAUUCUAAGGCCAUCGCAGUGGCGCGACAGGCUGUAGAAAGUGGCUGGGAUAAACAGAUGCCACCUAUACAGAGACGCUAUAUCUACUCGCCAUUCAACCACUCGGAGAAUCUGGAGGACCAGAAGAUGUCGUUGAAGCUGUUUACAGAGCUGGGCGAUAGAUAUCAUUUACACUGGGCGCAGGACUUCUAUAACCAGAUAAAAAGAGAUGGGCGAUUCACUCACCGCGAUCACAUUCUCGGGAGAUAA